CAGGGCCUGCAGGGCGGUGUUCUCAGACUGAUUGGGCUGCAUGAGACACAUCUGGAAUAGUAACUGCAGAGAGAGAGAGGCGAGAGGAGCAGAAGCGCUACGGUUCUUUCCCAACUCUUCACUUCUCUUCAACACGCCCUUUUUCACUGAAAACUUCUGCUCUACCUUUUAUCUGCAUCCAACAUGCUGUGCAUUCUUUUGGGAGUGCUUGCUUUGCACCUCCUCGUUUUCAUUCUCCUCAUUGUGUCUACAGCAUCCAGUCAAUGGAGUUUAGAAAAAGAAGGACACACCGAUCUUUGGUAUAACUGCCACUCAGAUCAGAACGGCUACCACUGUUUACAGGCCAGCACUGGAGAUUGGAUCCAGGCUGUGCAGGCCCUGAUGAUCCUGGCUGUAGUCUUUUGCUUCGUCUCCCUGUUAGCUUUCGCUUAUCAGCUGUUCAGACUGUUUAAGGGCGGACGCUUCUACUUCACCUCCAUCUUCCAGAUCUUGGCGAGUGUUUUUGUGAUGUGCGCAGCGAUUAUCUACACCGUGAUGAGACCAAGGAGUGAGAGAGACUAUGGCUACUCUUACGUGCUGGCCUGGGUGGCUUUCCCUCUGAGUCUCAUCAGUGGUCUCAUUUAUCUCAUACUGAGGAAGAAGGAUUGAGAGCAGAGAAAGCUGGGGGAGAAAAGAAAAGAGUUUGGAGACUCGUCAUCACAACAUCGCACUGUGCCAACUGCACUCACA